AGUUAAUUAAAUAAAAAAAUAAAAAACGUUAAUACACUAAAUAGCCACCAGAGAGGACAAGCUUUUUCCUGGAAGAGAACCUUGAUGUCCCCACGCCUGCCCAGUGCAUUCAGUAUCGGCCAUGUCUGGUUGCGAGACAGAAUACAGCUUUUGUCAAAUGUGAUGUAAAAAGUAUGUUUGUGUUUUGCAUUUUAGUUAACACCACACCUUUUACUAAUCGUAACUUAAUCCUCCUAACCUUCUGCGUAAACUCUCUAAUAUUAACCUGGUAUGAAAAGUCCAAUUUAACUAAGCUUUAUCCCUUCUAGACAAAACCCUCAGUACCGCCUCCCCUCAGACCAACGUGACAGGAAUCAGAAUUGCGGAUGACGGUGCCACUGGGUCUUGUUUUCAGUUAGCCUUAGAUAAACAAGCGGUACUGCUGGUCCUACAGACAAUCUACGGAUGAGAUAGUAGAAUCGGCUGGGGAAAUCGGUUACAUACAGAGCUAGAGUAAUGGCAACAGUUAAACCAGAUGACAGACUGACACGUUCUCAGGGCUUUAUGUGCGUUGGUUUUGCUGGAGUUUUCAGUAAAACUGUCACGUCGCCUCUGGAGUUGGUGAAAAUCAAGAGUCAAGUAGGCACAUUUCACUGUAAAAAAGGCUUUCUGCACAGCUUUCUUGUCGUCUACCAGAAUGAAGGCCUACGGGGAUUUUGGAAGGGAAACCUCGUCUCCUGUCUCCGCCUGUUUCCUUACAGCGCCGUCCAUUUGGCAACAUACAAACAUAUCGUCCACCUCCACAUGGAUGAAUUGGGCUACAUCUCUCAGUGGAGGGCAAUUUUGGCUGGUGGGCUAGCUGGUGUGAGUGCUGCACUGGCCACGUACCCUCUGGAGGUGGCAGAGACUCGCCUCAUAGCUCAGAACUGCAGAGAGCCCACAUACAGGGGGGUGGUCCACACGCUCUCCAAGUUAUACCAGACCGAAGGCCUUCGAACACUCUACAGUGGAUUCUCUCUCACAGUCUUAGGUGCGUUUCCCUUCUCCAUUGGUUGCUAUGCAGUCUACGUCAACUUGGAUAAGCUGUGGCGGGAGCCCCAAUUCCGGUUCACUCCACUACAGAACUUCAUAAAUGGCUGCUUAGCGGCAGGAAUAGCGCAAACCUUCUCCUACCCCUUUGAAACUGUGAAAAGGAAAAUGCAGGCCCAGAAUCCUCGGCUCCCGCAUUACGGUGGGGCCGAUGUCCACUUCACUGGAAUGCUGGACUGCUUCAGGCAGGUGAUCAGAAACAAGGGCAUCCUGACACUGUGGAGUGGCAUCACAGCCAACAUGAUCAAGAUUGUCCCUUACUUUGGCCUUCUCUUCAGCUGCUUUGAGAUGUGCAAGCAGGUCUGUCUGUACCGCAACGGGUACAUUGUGUCUCCAUUGAGCUAUAAGUUGGCACCAGGAGUGGACCAGAGCAUGGGCCCCACUGAGGUAGAAGAGGUGAAACGGUACUUGAAGAAUAGGAGUUUUCAGUCACAGCAAGGAAGUCGCUGGUAAAACUGGUGGAUCAAAAACGCCUGGAUUUCUGAAGGGGAUGAUGAUCAUUAGUACAGGAAAGUGUCGGAAUGAUGAUGGAAAGGAGUCAGGAAUAUUUGUUGGAAUGCUUCAAUGCUUUGAAGAUGACUAUUUGGUUGAUGUCAGGUCUUUUACAGCUUUGUGUUUGUGUAUUAGCAACCAUUUCAGAAUCAGAGAUAGAUCCAUUGAUAUUUCAAAGUUGCAAUGCAAUCAUAAGAAUUGCACUUCUAUACUCAACACAUGGGAAACGUUUUAACUGUUUGUUCAUCAAUUCCUCUUUCAGAGUUAAAGUAUUUUUUUAAUGAUAGUUUUUUGACAGUUCUGUGUUAUUACUACAGUUUAUUCAUGCUUAUGGGCUGCAGGUAGCCUAGAGGCUAAGAGCUUUGGGACAGUAAGCGAAAGGUUGCUGGUUUGAAUCCCUGAGCUGCUGAUGUGCCAUUGAGCUUGGCACGUAACCCUAAUUGCUCCUGUAAGUCGCUCUUGAUAACAGCGUCUGCUAAAUUACCAUUUUUAAAUGUUACGGCGCUGACCUGGUUCUAACAAUGGUCUUGGCCUUAUGUAAUGGCCAUGAAGAGGAACACAAAGCACAAACCUGUUUAUAAAAUGGAAUUAUCUUACAAUGCAAAUGAAUGCUUUUUUUCAUUAUAUUUGUAAUGUAGUAAUGACUAUUUUAACAGACUUGGGUAUAUCAUUUAUGUGCCUUAAGGUUUCCUUUAUUGAUUAUAGGGCUUAUUUUGAUGACUGUUUUAAUUAUGAUAGGUAGUUAUGUAAUUAUUCACACAGGUAUCUGAGUCGAAGCCAUUAAUCAGUUGCUAACUUUCAUAGCACAUACUGUAUCGUUGUGAUCCUAGCAAUAAAAUUGUAACUGAAGCACUUCAGUGUCACUGAGAAUGAAAGGGGAAAGGAAACACUAGGCCUUAGAAUGCCAGUUCACUGUAACUAACUCCUAAAGUGUUUCCAUUCCCCUUUAAGAUUACGUGUAUACGGUAUGUAAUACAUUUGAUGUAUGAAAUUAUGCAAAUUUAUAAUUAAUUAUUUUAGAUUGAGAUGAUUCAGAAUCAUUGAAGUAAAUUUUACUUGAACAGUCAUUGUAAUGGACAAAUAAAUUCCUUUGCUAAGCAA